CCCUCUCAAUCGAGAGCACCGUAAAUCGAUGUCAGCCCUUGCUGUCGUCCAAUAAGUGUUGUAUCAACCGGACAAAACUACGCUGUGAAGAUGUUUUUAACUUCUGCAAUUCGAUCUGUUGUAUCGCAAACGUCCAGGCAGGUCAGGAGUCUGCACCAGUCCGCUGCCAGAGCUGGAGCUGGGGGCAUCUUUGUGCACAGAGACACACCUGACAACAACCCAGAUACUCCUUUUGAGUUCACUGUGGACAACCUGAAGAGGAUUGAUGCUAUCAUUAGUAUGUACCCAGAGGGCUACAAACAGGCCGCCACCAUCCCCGUGUUGGACCUGGCUCAGAGACAGCAUGGAUGGCUCCCCAUCUCAGCCAUGAACAAGGUGGCCGAGGUGCUUGACGUCCCUCCGAUGAGGAUCUAUGAGGUAGCGACGUUCUACACCAUGUUCCUGAGGCAGCCGGUGGGCAAGUACCACAUCCAGAUCUGCACUACAACUCCCUGCAUGCUUUGCGACUCCGACAGCAUCCUGGAGGCCAUCCAGAACAAACUGGGCAUCAAGGUAGGAGGGAUGACGUCAGACAAGAUGUUCUCUCUAAUAGAGGUGGAGUGUCUUGGUGCCUGUGUUAACGCCCCCAUGGUCCAGAUCAACGACAACUACUACGAGGACCUGAGUCCUAAAGACAUUGAUCAGAUCAUCGAUGAGCUGAAAGCUGGAAAAGUCCCUCUGCCUGGACCCAGGAACGGCCGUUUCUCCUGUGAGCCAGCAGGUGGACUGACAUCUCUGUCUGAGCCUCCUCCAGGACCUGGUUUUGGCGUCAGAGCUGAUUUAUAAACACCUGAACAACAGGACGCCCAGGACUAACUUCACUAGGAUGUUCAAAGUGUAUGAACUUCAUAAUAAUAAUGUAAAUAAAAUGUCCAUUUAAUUGUG